AUGGUUUCCCUCCUGGUGAAAGAAAAGUUAUUCAUCAAUGAAGUGGUCUUGGGCACAGCUGUAGGCAUCAUCAUGGGUCCACACGUUGCAGGCAUCUUCGACCCUCGCUCUUGGGGUAAUUCGACGCAAACUGUCACGCUCGAAGUCAUGCGCAUCGUUCUCGCUACUGGACUCUUUGCCAUCGGAGUAGAGCUUCCUGGACCGUAUAUGGCUCAACACUUCAAAGGACUUUUCGUUAUGGUGGUUCCUACCAUGGCUAUUGGAUGGGUUAUAGUUGCCGGAAUACUUCGAGCCCUGUUCUCCGAACUCAACUUUGUCUCCUGUCUUGCUAUAGCAGCAUGUCUUACUCCCACGGAUCCCAUCAUAUGCGCUGCCAUAGUUGGUGGUAGGUUUGCCGUAAAACACGUCCCACUUAACCUCCGUCAAAUUUUGUCGGCGGAGUCUGCAGCAAAUGACGGCCUCGCUUACCCAUUUCUAUCGGUGUCUAUAUAUCUAACGGUAGAAACUUCUCGCCGAGUCGCCAUUGGCAAGUGGUUCGUUGUUGGCUGGUUAUAUGAAGUCAUCCUCGGUGUCGUCUUGGGAGCUGUUCUCGGUCGUACUUUUGCCUGGCUAAUGAGCAUCUCCCUUCGGAAGGGUUUCAUUGACCGUCAAUCCUACGUCGCACAAUACCUCGCAAUGGCGUUCUUCACCAUUGGUAUUGCUAGCACUCUCGGAAGCGACGAUUUACUUGCCGCAUUCGCUGCAGGCAAUGCCAUAUCGUGGGACGGCCAUUUUAAUACCCAAACUGAAGACGAGAUAUUCGCAUCGGUAAUUGAUCUCGUACUGAAUUGCGCGUGCUUCGUGUAUAUAGGCGCAUGGCUCCCCUUCACCGCUUUCAAUUCCCCCGAAUUGGGUAUCACACCAUGGCGACUAGUCGUUCUUUUCAUAGCUAUCCUAGCGCUCCGCCGCAUCCCGUCAGUCCUACUUUUGUACAAGUGGAUCCCAGAAAUCAAGACGUGGCGUGAGGCACUGUUUUCAGGGCACUUUGGUAUGUAUAUGGGCGUGGGGGCGGUGUUUAUAUCGACUCUGGCCCUGACUGAACUCCCGGAGCCGCACUAUCCGCCACAAAACCAACAGGAACUCCUUGCCGCUACCUUACAGCCAAUUGUGUCGUUUGUCGUCUUAGGAUCGAUCAUUAUACGUACGAAUUCCUCUCAUGGCCUUUCGAUCCCGUUCUUUUCCUUCGGCCGGACCUUGUCGCGCACGCUUUCCAUGAAUACGGAUGCUUCGGCAUUGAUGCAUAUGAUCGAUCCCAAUAAUAAGAUCCUGGUGAGUGCACCAGUCUGGUGCUUUGUCACUGUGACUCAACGGUGCUUAGUAUCCUGA